CACUUUACCCGAUAUUAUUUCAUGACAUUUCAACACACGAUUUUUGUAAAAACUGCAACGUUCGGACAUGUGAAAAUUUGAUGUAUUGAAGAACCCAUACGUAUUUUAGGUUAAAUUAAAUCAUGUGCCAUGGCUAGAUAGAACUAAUUACAUUGUAUAAGGAAUAAUAGUGAGAAUUUUAAGACUAUUACAAGAUGAAAGGAUUAAAAAGGCGCAGUUCGUCUGGUCUAAAUAGUAACUCAUACAGGGUACCAACAAAACAACGGGGUGUUGACGACUCGGAUUCAGACGACACUUUAUCAGUCGCCUCCGAGGAUUCUGUUAAAAAACAUCCUGUUAGGCGUAUGGUGACAAGAAAAAGUAGCUAUGGACAUGAAAAACCCUCCAUGCCAAGUAAAGAAAGCACAAUGGGUGGAGUAGUUACGGCGUUUCUUGGACUUAGAUCUAGAACAAUAGUUAGAGAAACGAUAGAAGAAGAAGAUGAACGACCACCACCUCCACGAAAAAUGUUAAGUGCAAAAAGAAGACUCGCCAAGAAAAGUUCAUCAACAGGUGAUAUUUAUCCGUCUGCUGCAGUGUCUUUAAGGAGAAAGUUUUCCGAGUCAAGGGCGGCAACUGCUCUUUAUUAACGACAGCCUAAUUCAGAAUUCUCUAUGUCACAUCUACUUGAUUUUAGUCCUUGUCGAAACAAUCAUAUGAUCAAAAAUAUAACCAAAAGGGAAUUCCUAUGUGCCACAUCAAAUUGAAAUGGAAAAUUGAAAUUGAAUACCGCUCAAGCCGGUGCUAGCUAAAAAUGGAAAAUUGAAAUUGAAUACCGCACAAGCCGGUGCUAGCUAGGGGCGUGAGGGAUGUUGCAUUUUUCUAUUAUCCCUGAUGUACACUCAAUCAAACCAAGUCUGCAAUUUUCAUUCCGGGGGAUCACACUUCAUCCAGAUUUUUAAAUAUUAGCAGAAUUGCUGCAAGCGUCACAUAAUAACAAUUGUUUUCUUGCAGAAAAAUUAGUUAAUGUAUAAGAGUAGUUGCAAAGAAGGAUUUUAAAUCCCUGUAGCAGUUCGCAAGAUAUUUCAUAUAUGUACAUGGUACUCCUUUCAAUGAUCAUUGAAAUCAUACCCAAUAUAAUUCAUUAUUGUAAAAUAGAAAAGCCGUUGUAGAUAUUUUCUCUGUGAAUUUAACUAAAUAUAAACAUGGACAUACGGGUUCCAGGAUGCGUUUAUUAGAUAAAGAAAAGAGAUUAUAGCUAAAUAGAUUGUGUGUGGAAUAUACUUUCAGCCUUGCUGGUUUAGCUUUAACAAGUGACAGUUUUAUCUCAAUAAAAACUUGAGUGACAAAAACAUAUUUUAGACAGAAUUGUUAACCGUGAAUGCGAAAUAUAUAUGAUACAUUUCUAUAACCCUCGUACAUGUAUAUAAUUUUCAACAAAGGAAUUAAAACACUAUCAGUGAUCAUUUUGUAUACAACUAAACAUGUAAGAUUUAAUACUUCGUUAUCGAAGCAUGCAUGUGUAUUUUUGCUCCUCUUUUUCAGAAUUAAAUGCCUUAUUAUAUAAUAAUCGUUUUUAACUUAUUUUCUAAUUUUUGCUCAUGUUAUUACUGUGCAAAUUGUAACCAGUUCUUCUUAUUCAUAUGAGACAAUAGAAGAUACUGCUCACAUAGACAAGCGCCAUACUC